AUGAACGACCAAGGAGAGCCUUCCUUCAUGGCCAAGAUGUCGGGCUCUUUCAGCACAAUGUGCCUCGGCAUGGCCCUGUUCCCAUGUGCACUCCUCCUUAUCGGGUACAACGAGAAGAGCUACAUGUGUGUUCACAAGAACAUCUUGUAUGCAUCCAAGAGAGCCGAGGUCAUGAACUGUGAUGCCCAACCACACUGGAUGUCGGACAUGGUCGCGUACGUGUCCUGUCCUAUCAAGCAGGAGAGUCUCAUGCCAUUCACCCCAGCAUCAUUUGGCACGGCAUCCCUGGGGAGUUCCAUACAGUUCAGGUCAGUCGCUGGCGCACAGAAAGCCGAGAUGUUUCAGUGCGUGGAGUCGGUCAGAACUGAGACCCAGAAGGACAAGACGAAGAUCAAGAUCUACAGCUAUCACAUGGAGUGGCGAGAUUCCUACGUUGACUCCAGCAGGUUUUCGCAAAUGCACCAAGCCCAUCUGGCGAGACAGAAUGGUUGUCCCGGCUUCUUAAGCAACCCUCCGUGGCCACACGAUGUUCCUCAACGUGUUCAGAGUGCCGCAGCACACUCGGUCCAGGUGGGACCACUGACUGUGAGCAAAGACCUCAUCCAAGGUGGUGGAUCUGGCUAUGGUGGGUUGCAUCCGGAUAUGAGCAACCCCAUUCCGUUGCACAGCUUUGCCCACAAGUUCAAAGCUGCGCACACGCUGAUAGGCCCACAGGCACAUGGAUAUGCAUCCAUCACGCCGCACAACACGGCCAUUGGUCCCACGGGAUCCUAUGUCGUCACGUGCAGUGCCCAGAGGUUUGGCUGCAUGCGUCUCAGCUACUACAAGAACUGGGACACCGGAGCAUCUGUCAUCAGUGCUGUGCAAGGAGGUCAAAGUACACCGAUUGACAUCCCUGCCAGCUGGGGCUGCUCCGCAGACCAAUACGAUGCCUUGGUGGGAGGAGUGCAAUCUCUGCAAGCUUUUUCGACAUCCCUUGAAGAAGCCAAUACUACGGCUACCUGGAUGCUGCGAUUCGUGGGCCUCUGCUUUGCUUGGAUUACAGUGUGGUGCUGCUUCCAGCCCAUUUCUGCUGCAGCUGAUGGUGUUGGGGAUUGUCUCAACUUGAUUCCCUGCGUUGGCAGCUGCCUGCAGGACAUGCUCGAGGGUGUCGUGGACGCGGUGCUUUGCGUUGUGUCCUGCUGCUUCGGCUGCUCUUGCGGGCUGAUGGUCCUGGGCAUCGUUUGGCUCGUCAUGCGACCUCUGAUCGGCGGUGUCCUGCUGCUGAUUUGCGCCGCCCUGGGAAUAGGAGCCUACUUCCUGGCGAAGCAGAACAAGGGCGACAAGGACAGUGACAAGGGGACCCUGCUGGCUGCGAACGGUGAUGAAAACGCGUGA